GGAGCCCUUCCUUGGCGGCAUCUGUUAGUCCCUCCCCGCUGCCGUGCACUCUUGUCUCACUCCUCUGACCGACCUGCAGGGAAGCGGAGAGACCCGGAGAGAGGGAAGAGACCAACCAGAGACAGACCUGGGCCAAGGAAGAGGCAGAGGCUGCAGCCUGCCUCCCUCUCUCUCCCCAGCCUGCCUUAACCGCCCUCCUUAGCCAAAGCCCCUCCAAGUUCCCCUGGGGCUCAGUCCCUCCCCUCCUCUGGGGCCCCAGGCUCCCCUCGGAGCCUGUGUCCGACCAUGUCGGUGGCUGUGGAGAUCUUCGGCUUCUUCAUGGCAGCCCUGGGGCUGCUGAUGCUCGGGGUGACCCUGACACACAGCAACUGGCGAGUGUCCACCGUGCACGGGAAUGUCAUCACCACCAGCACCAUCUUCGAGAACCUCUGGUAUAGCUGUGCCACCGACUCCCUCGGAGUCUACAACUGCUGGGAGUUCCCGUCCAUGCUGGCCCUCUCUGGGUACAUCCAGGCCUGCCGGGCGCUCAUGAUCACCGCCAUCCUCCUGGGCUUCCUGGGCCUCUUCCUAGGCAUGGUGGGGCUGCGCUGCACGAACAUUGGGGGCCUGGAGCCCUCCAGGAAAACCAAGCUGGCGGCCACCGCAGGGGCCCUACACAUACUGGCUGGUGUCUGCGGGAUUGUGGCCAUCUCCUGGUACGCCUUCAGCAUCACCCAGGACUUCUUCGACCCCUUGUACCCCGGGACCAAGUACGAGCUGGGCCCCGCCCUCUACCUGGGCUGGAGCGCCUCCCUGCUCGCCAUCCUGGGUGGCAUCUGCCUCUUCUCCAACUGCUGCCGCUCUCGGGACGAGGACCACGGCGCCAGCAUCCGGCUUCCCUACAAGGCCCCGACAAUGCCCGCCAAAAGCCUCGCUGCCCGCCUGCCCACCUCGGCCUCGGAUGAAGAAGGCGACAGCAGCUUUGGCAAAUACGGGAAAAACGCUUACGUGUAGGAGGCCUGGCCUCCCAUUCCCUUCCCACUGCCCCCAGUGGAGAGGGGUCCCCGUAAACCCGGGGCUGCAGGCGCAGGCCCCUGCUCGCGGUAACAAGCUCAGGGCCAAGCCACGCUUCAGGCUCCGCCCCGUGCCCGGAAGCCGCGCCCAGCUCUGACCUCAGGCCCCGCCUUCCCCGUCGGAGCUCCGCCCUGGUCACGCCUCUUUCGUCUGGCCCCCUGGAUCCUCUCAGGCCAAGAACCCGCUUCCUGAGAACUCACCGCUGGCCCCUGAGGCUGGACUCCUCUCUUAACCUUCUGAGUCGUUCCGAGUCUCUUAACCCAACGGUUCUGGGCCGUUAAGGCGGGGAGGCGUCCCGGAGUGUUUGUGGUCUGUAUAAAUACUUGCAUAAAUAAAUUUGUAUUGGGAACUGUUCAGGGGUUGAAGGUGUCAUGAGGCAGUUGGCCCAGCAAGGGGUGGCUGAGGCAGCACCCAGGGUCGCCUCAGUUCCUGGACCCCAGGCUGUCACCUGUUCUCCUCUCCAUCGCCUUUGGACUGUCCCAUCCAGCAGAAGAGGAGAGGAGUGGCAGGUGAUUUCUAGAGUGUGGCACUGUUACAACUACCGAUAAGGGCCAUCAAGGAGCAGAUAAGGAAUAUCCAGCUCUAGGAACCGGAAUAGCAGAGAUACCCUCUGGCCAGACUGAUAACAGAUCACUCCAUUUACUCUGGACCUUUCUCACAGCUGUACAAGGAGACAGUUGGUCUAGAGCAGAGUUUCUUUACCUGGGCCUGAGAGUGGAUAUCAGAAAUUGACAAGCCCUUUGAAACUGUGUCAAAUCAACCAGGCCUGGUGCAAGUACAGUUUUCUGGGGACGGUUCAAUAACUUCCAGAGGGACUUCCCUGGUAGCCCAGUUAAGAAUCCGCCUGCCAAUGCAGGGGACACAGGUUCGAGCCCUGGUCCAGGAAGAUCCCACAUGCCGCGGAGCAGCUAAGCCUGUGCGCCACAACUACUGAGCCUGCGCUCUACAGCCCGCGAGCCACAACUACUGAGCCCGAGUGCCACAACUACUGAAGCCCACGCACCUAGAGCCCGUGCUCCACAACAAGAGAAGCCACCGCAAUGAGAAGCCCGCGCACCGCAAAGAAGAGUAGCCCCCGCUCGCCACAACUAGAGAAAGCUCGUGCGCAGCAAUGAAGACCCAA